GGAGGAAGAGGAAGAAGAAGCGGAGGAGGAGGAGGAGGAGAAGAGGAGAAGAAGAAGAGGAGGAAGAAAAGAAGAAGGAAGAGGAAGAGGAAGGCUCGCCAAGGAGGGCCUGGGAGCCGAUCCCCCUCCGGAGCCUCUGAGCCAAGGCCUGGGGGCGACGGCCGGGAUCCCCCCCUGCUCCUGGGCCCAGCAUGCGGAGGAGCUCCGCCGGGGCCCCCCUCCUCGGCCUUGGCCCUCUGCUGCUGCCUCCGCCGCCGCCAUGUACGUGAGCUACCUGCUGGACAAGGAGGGGCCCUCCAUGUACCACCCUCCGGCCUCGGUCCGCCACUCCGGGGGGCUCAACCUGGCCGCCCAGAACUUCGUGCCGGGCCCCCAGUACCCCGAUUACGGGGCCUUCCACGUGGGGCCGGGGCUGGGGCUGGAGAACGCCCCGCCGGCCGCCUCCUCCUCCUCCUCGCCGGGAUCGCCUUGGCCCCCGGGGGCUUAUGGGGCGCCCCCCGGCCUCCGCGAGGAUUGGAACGGCUACGGCCAAGGCGCCCCCCUCCACGGAGCCCCGGGGGGCUUGGCCUACAGCCCUCUGCCAGGAGGGGACUACCCCCCGCCGCACCCCCACGCCCUCCCCUCCCCAGGGGCCCACGGAGGAGCCUGCGCCGGGGGGAUGCCCGCUUCUGCGGGGCUGAUCCAGACCCUGAACCCCCCGCCCCCGCCGCCGCCGCCCCCCGGCUCCGAGCCCCUCUCUCCCGGAGGGCAGCGGAGGCACCUCUGCGACUGGAUGAGGAAACCCACGCCGGGGGGAACCGGUAAGGAAGCAGCCACUGGGGAGGAAGUUAAAACCAGGACGAAAGACAAGUACCGUGUGGUCUACACAGAUCACCAGCGGUUGGAGCUGGAGAAGGAGUUUCACUACAGCCGCUACAUCACCAUUCGGAGGAAAGCUGAGCUGGCAGCUACUUUGGGAUUGUCAGAGAGACAGGUAAAAAUCUGGUUUCAGAACAGGCGGGCCAAAGAAAGGAAAAUCAACAAAAAGAAGAUGCAGCAAUCCCAGCCAGCUGGUGUGCACAGCGGCUCAGAACCCAUGAGUCCGGUCUCCUCUAUGCAGCCAGGGACCACUGGCUCAGGUCCCAAUGGAGGAGUGUUGGGCACUACAGGCUUAGUACCACCACCCUCUGCACAGUGACAGCAGUUGGAAGAAAAGACUGAGAUCUCCUGCACUCCUUAUUACAGAGGAGUUGCACACAUCCAUAUGCACACACCAGCCUAUGGUGGGAAAGGCUGCUGGCUUAUUGACAGUUGAUGCAGAGACACAUUGGUUCUCCUUCCCCAUCUGUGCACUAUGAUGGACUUUGCUAAGCAGUGCCACACUCCAGCUUGUGUGUAUUUUAUUUUUGCUGCACAAUUUGUACAAAAUAUACUGUGAAUGACUUGAGUUCUGUUAGGGCAGACGGAAGGGAGGGAGUUGAUUUUCCUUAAUUUGCUUCAUGUAAUAUUAUUAUUAUUACUAUUGUUCUUCAUGCUGCAAUAGAUACCACAUAACUGACACUUCUCUUCACAAUGAAAAUACAGCAUCUCAGGGAAUUUGGGCCUGGAUUGCCUUUUGAUGUAUGUUUGUUUGUUUUUCAGUUUGUAUUUUUUUUUAUUACAAAUGUUGUUGGGCUAAUGAUAAAUGUCUGAAUGGAAAAAGAGAAGAAACAGAAAGAAAGACAAAUUAAAAUGUAUUUGUUUUCUG